AUGGGCAAGCCGCUGAGCAGACCGGACUGUUUACGUCAGAAUCCCCCCUGUGUAGGGAAGGGUGAGGAAGAGGAGGACCUCAACAUCGAGGACUGUUACGUCCCGCAGCGCUCCAUCUACGACACGGUUAGGCUGAAUGAGCAGAUCGACUCUGGUUCCAAGGGGAGCCUGUCUUCCAGGCAUUUCACAGAUCGGACUUUACCCUACAGUCACAGAACACUGGAUGUCAGUUCUUUAUGCUCCAAUGGUGCCCUUGCUUCUUCCAGUGCAUUUGAGCUGAGAGGCCGUGAAACUCACAAACUCGAUGAAAAGAUGAUCUUUGAUGCCCUCAAACUAAAUAGCGAUAUCAUCCGAAGCACAGGAUUACCCAAAGCCAAAUCUCACGCAGAAAAGAAAGAGCAUAGACGGUCAUGGCGAAUGUUCGUCCCAGCCAAUUUUAUGGAUUAUGCAAACAAAAGUGAAAGCUCUUUUGUUGAACCUCCUGAUCUGUCAGAUGCUGUUACCAAGGCUGGCAAGUGCAGAGGGGGUAGUAAUUCUCUCACGUCGGAGGAGGAUGACUCUGGGUUAUGCAGUCCUCCAGCCGAGAGGGAAGAAAAACAGGGCAUUUUACCUGGAGAUCCAUCCCAAAUUAGAAGCUUGUCUUCUGCUGAAGAUAUUCACAUAGCAGAGCAAUAUAGACCCUUUUUUUCUGUUAAUUCCGUCAGCGAACAGAAAAUCCCCUUGCUUUCAUGCAGAAGCGCCCACCUUGAUGACAACUUCAAAACGAUUUUACAUGAUGUUUCUCCACCAGAGGAAACAAAACGUGUCAACGGUCAAAGGGAAAUCCGUGGUGAAAAUUGCUGCCUGCAGAAUGAUGUCAAAGAGAGCACUCUUAAGGCUGACCCAUUCAUUUUGCCAAGAGAGGGAGAAAACAAGUGUAUUUCUAACCCCAGAGAAGAAGGAAAAACAUAUGGACCAGGAGAAUUACAAAGCACAGCACGAAGUAGGGAAUUUAUGGGAGGUUCUCCUGAGGAUUUGCCUCUCCCUCACACAGGUCUGGGGGGAAAUGAUGUAGAUGGGGGUAGCGCAAGUUUAGUAGAAAACCUGACAUUAUUGACACAAUACGAUUUGGAAGAAUCCAACGUAGCAUCUCAAGAGGACAUGGAGGCUCCCCUUUCUGCCCAGGAGAUGGAGGCGAUCCCUAUGCAAUGCUCCCCCAAAUUCAGAGCAGUAAGAAAGAAAGCCACUGCCCGAAAAACAAGGGCCCGGGCAGGAACCUUGGACCCUGUCUGUAAUGGCUUUCACUCAGUUCAGGUAAUUAACGGAGAUGGGAAAUUCUGUGAUGCCCAAGGUCUGUGGUAG